CUCACUCUAGAAAAGCAGCCCACAAGUGCCUCAGCUCUCAGAGGAGGCUGGGCUUCUAACAAGACUUGUCUCACGGUGGACUUGGCUGUCUGAUUGUCCAGCCAACAUGGAACCAAAACGGAUCAGAGAGGGCUACCUUGUGAAGAGGGGAAGUAUGUUCAACACCUGGAAACCUAUGUGGGUUGUACUAUUAGAAGAUGGAAUCGAAUUCUAUAAGAAGAAAAGUGACAACAGCCCCAAAGGAAUGAUUCCCCUGAAAGGAAGCACACUGACUAGCCCUUGUCAAGACUUUGGCAAAAGGAUGUUUGUGUUUAAGAUCACUACGACCAAACAGCAGGACCACUUCUUCCAGGCAGCCUUCCUGGAGGAGAGAGAUGCCUGGGUUCGGGACAUCAAGAAAGCCAUUAAAUGCAUUGAAGGAGGUCAAAAGUUUGCAAGGAAAUCCACCAGGAGGUCCAUUCGAUUGCCAGAAACUGUUGACUUAGGUGCCUUGUACCUGUCCAUGAAAGAUACAGAGAAAGGAAUAAAAGAACUGAAUCUAGAGAAGGACAAGAAGAUUUUUAAUCACUGCUUCACAGGGAACUGUGUCAUCGACUGGCUGGUGUCCAAUAACUCUGUUCGGAAUCGCCAGGAAGGCCUCAUGAUUGCCUCCUCGCUGCUGGGCGAAGGGUACCUGCAGCCCGCGGGAGAACUGUCCAAGAAUGCAGCAGACGGCAUCUCUGAAAACCCUUUCCUGGAUAACCCUGAUGCCUUCUACUACUUUCCAGACAGUGGGUUCUUCUGUGAAGAGAAUUCCAGUGAUGAUGAUGUGAUACUGAAAGAAGAAUUCAGAGGGGUCAUUAUCAAGCAGGGAUGUUUACUGAAGCAGGGGCACAGGAGGAAAAACUGGAAAGUGAGGAAGUUCGUUCUGAGAGAAGACCCUGCGUACCUGCACUACUACGACCCCGCUGGGGGGGAAGAUCCUCUGGGAGCAAUCCACUUGAGAGGCUGUGUGGUGACUUCCGUGGAGAGCAGCUCAGAUGCAGUCAGGAAGAGUGAAGAAGAGAACCUCUUUGAGAUCAUCACUGCUGACGAAGUUCACUAUUUUUUGCAAGCGGCCACCCCCAAGGAGCGCACUGAGUGGAUCAAAGCCAUCCAGGUGGCCUCCCGGACUGGGAAGUAAAAACAUUUCUGCCGCUUGUCGUCCCUCUCCGAAGGGAACCCCACAGAGAAGCUCGGUCCAGGACCUGUCCACUUCUGGUGACACGUCAAUGAGAAAGGGCCCAGGGUUGGGAAGUUUUCGUCUGCAGAGGUUCUGAAUGUAACUAACCACACGCUGCGUCCUGUUCACCUGCACCGACCACACUGCUCACUGAAGCCUCUCUGUUUCCCCCCAAGCCGAUGUAACAAGCUGUGUGGCCUGGCUUCUCUGCUUAAUCUCUCCAGGCCUGAGCUUCAGAACCCAAAGCCCUGUGAUUCUAAUACCGGUGGAAGUGAAAAUGUCUCUAGUCGCCCAGUAAGUAGUAGGUGUCAUUGCUGGGCUCCAUCUUGGCCUUCGGAGCCCGACGCAUUCUUCCCUUUAAAUCUGUUCCCAGUCUGUACUAAGGGGGCUAGGUGUAAACCUCUUGUUCUCAUCUGCCACCUUCUCUUGCUCUUGGCCAUUAGAUCAUGUAUCAUGAAGGAGAGCUUUUUUCUUCCUUCCUCACUCUGACCAGAAACUUCCUGAAAGCGAGUGCCCCAGUGGCAGCUUUUGGAUUGAAGCCUUCCAUCACUUACGACAGCCUGGAAAGUUCUAUCUUCUGGGAAAAUGACCCAAGGAAGCCAGGUGUAGCCGAGGAUCUUCUCUGUGCCCUGAAGCUACCCAUAGCAGGCAUUUUUCACUCCCCUUUGGGGCUGAUCUGAGAUGCGCGUUAUCUUUGCCCCUUUCCGGAGCAUUUCUCUACCAUUGAUUAUAAUUAGGAGGGGGAACUCCAAAUCUUUGAGCUUCUGUUUCGAUUGAAUAUUUGCAGGAAAAAGUGGUCAGAUGGGUUCCCUCCAUGGGUGAAGGGCCCAGGGGGCUGGCAGGCUGAUGUAUAGCCCCCAGUUCCAGAGGCUACAGGGGCUGAGCUGAAGGCUGGCAGACUGGUUGAUGGGCUUAGACAAAGCACUGAGAAGUCUUAGGUCUAGACGGAACUCACGGAGGUGGCCAUCCACACUGUAGCGCCUUCAGUUCCCCAGUCAACAAUACUCUGGUUGUCCUUGAGCUCUAGGCACAAGCUGUAGCUAGCUGUUCCUGCUUGGCCUCUGCAGGGCCCUGUGAACCCAUUACCAAUCAGAGUGAUCUGAGCUAGAUUCAAAUUGGGUGCCUGAUUUCAACUUCUGACCCUGUCCACCAACUAGUGAUUCUAACCCCUAAAUUGAGAAAAACCUCAGGUAUGCCUGUCAAGGCACAUUUUCCAAUUUCAGAUUUCUGACUUUCAGGCUCCAGUGAGUAAAGGAGAGCAGAAAAUUCUUCCUGAUUUUGUCACCUUCUCUCUUUCCCUCCCCCAAUUGCACAUAAUAUCCUUGAAGCUAUUCCUACUCCCAGAUUGUUUUCUCAGUGGCCUAGGGGCAAAAUAUUACCUUUUCUCUAAUUAUUUUUGUAAGCUGUCUUCUUAGAGCAUGCACAUUAGUUUUUUCUACAUUCAGUGUUACAAGUAUUUAUUAAUAUGGAGUCAACUUUAUGUUUUGAAAUAAACAUGACCAUGUUUAGCGUU